GAUUUCCAGUGUUGAUAGUGAAUAUCGGAACGCAACCAGGAUAACCUUACUGCUUGAAGCAGCAUGAAUCAAGAACACGGUACGCAGCGGCGUAACAAAGAUAUUUUUUGACAGUUACUCUUUCAGCACAUGUCGUAAUUUAAGUUAUCACUAAUAAUGGUUUACUAUUUUACAAGCGAAGUGGUGCAGCCAUCGGUUACAUUGUUUAUGGGAUUUGACAAAUACGAGAAUGAAGAUCUUAUCAAGUGGGGUUGGCCAGAGGAUGUAUGGUUUCAUGUCGACAAAUAUUCAUCUGCGCAUGUAUAUCUUCGACUACAACAUGGUCAAACAAUAGAUGACAUUCCCAGCACAGUGCUAGAAGAUGCUGCACAAUUAGUAAAAGCAAAUAGUAUUGAAGGGAAUAAAAUGAAUGACAUUGAUGUGGUAUAUACAAUGUGGUCAAAUCUGAAGAAGACACAAGGUAUGGAGGUUGGCCAAGUUGGUUUCCACAAAGACAAGGAUGUUCGUAAGAUUCAUGUUGCAAAGCGGAUGAAUACCAUUGUAAAUCGUCUCACUAAGACAAAACGUACAGAACAAGUAAACUUUAGAGCAGAAAGAGAACAGAGAGACAAAAAUGAAAGAGAAGACAAGAAAAAACUACUAAGAGAACAGAAAGAGAGAGAAAAAGCUGAGGAAAAACGACGUCAGGAAGAAGCUGAAAUGAAAAGCUAUAAUUCCUUAUUUAACACAUCCAAUAUGACAUCGAAUACAGAAACCAGUGGAUAUGAUUCAGAUGAUUUUAUGUGAUUAAAACCAAUAUUCACAUUUGCAAUAUGUGCCUGAUAUAGAGAGUGCGCACUCUAUUAAGUACUCACGGCUGUUCUCGUCGGAAAUACACAAUCGUACAUAUCGAUUCCUAGCGCGCAGCAUACAACCAAAUCGACAGCGAAUCCGACGCCCAUAAGAUAACGCGGUUUAUUUUUGGGAAGUAUAUCUGUCGAAAGAUGCACCAUUCUCCAAAAAUCAUCUUUGCUCUCACCACCACUGCAAAUCGUUAAAUAUGAUUGCCCUUAUGCGAUGCGAACUGUGUAUAUUGUAUGUAUAUUAUAUAAGUGUUUAUAUAUUCCAUAUAAAUUUUUUCUGUUCCAACAUGUGUAUUAUUUAAAUUGGCGGAUAAUCUGAUGGCUCACCUCAAGCCUCCUACAGCGUAACCAUUCACAUCUCGUUGAAUCAGUUGGCAUGCGCUCUCGGAUCGCAAUUUCGGAUCGAGACCACCUUGCACGAUCGGGAAUAUGCUCUGUUCGUUUGGUCGCUCAUGUGCUGACAAACAACGAUCGAACCAACGUGUUGUUCUAAA